AUGUCUGACCUCAAGGCCUCCGUGAAAGAGACCAAGAACGGCUUCCACGUCGAGGGCUACGAGAAGAUCGAAUAUGACUUCGCCUUCGUGGAUGGCGUCUUCGACGUUGCCAACUCGAACCUCGCGGACUGCUAUAAGAAAUGGGGCCGGAGGGUUCUCGCCGUGACAGACAAGAAUGUCUUCGCUCAGUACGGUCAGAAGAUGGAGAAGUAUUUCGAGCAUUACAAUCUUGAACUCAAGAUUCAUCAAACAUCGAUCGGAGAGAAGGCGAAGACCAUCGACACAUUCCUCAGCAUUGCUGAUUCGAUGACUGAGUUUGGCAUUAUCCGAAAGGAACCUGUGCUCGUCGUUGGAGGAGGACUAGUAACAGAUGUUGCUGGCUUUGCGUGCGCCGCAUACCGCCGCAACACCAAUUUCAUCCGCGUCCCAACGACCGUCAUCGGUCUCAUCGACGCCAGUGUGAGCAUCAAGGUCGCCGUCAACUACGGACGGUACAAGAACCGCCUUGGAGCCUAUCACGCACCCUUGCACACGUUCCUUGACUUCACCUUCCUCCGGACCCUGCCCAUUGCGCAGGUUCGGAACGGGUUCGCGGAGCUGAUCAAGAUCUCCUCCUGUUCUCACCUGCAAGUCUUCGACCUGCUGGACAAGUUCUGCGAGCAGCUUAUCGAGACCAAGUUUGGACGGGCUGAUGAGGCUUCUAUGGAGGUUCGACAAGCCGCUGAUACAAUCAACCGUGAGGGUAUCUACGAGAUGCUCAAGUUAGAGACCCCCAAUCUCCAUGAGAUCGGACUGGACCGCGUAAUCGCAUACGGCCACACAUGGUCGCCGCUGCACGAACUCAUCCCCGAGACGCCCCUGCGACACGGCCACGCCAUCUCCAUUGACAUGGCCUACUCAGCUACGCUGGCUAACCAGCGCAAGCUGCUCUCCGACGAGGAGCACCACCGCCUAUUCAACCUAUUCUCGAGAGCUGGACUCUCCAUCGACCACCCCCAAUUCGAUGAUGACGUCCUGGACAAGGGCACGGCAGCGAUCCUCAAGACACGAGACGGUAAACUGCGGCUCGCCGUACCCAACCCCCUGGGAUCAUGCAGUUUUAUCAACGACGUCACGGCGCAGGAGUUGAGAGACGCUCUGCGCAAGCACAAGGAGAUGGCCAAGACGUACCCACGCGAGGGCGCUGGCGUUGAGGCCUACGUCGACAGCAGCGACACAGGCUACACGGACCUGGCGUCCGAGAACCUGAGCGUCGAGAAGGCGGCGAAGGAGGCGGGCGUCCUGUCCGAGAGCCAGAGCGUGGGCAACGGCUUGUCUGGCCAAACGAACGGGCAUGCCAACGGCAAGACCAAUGGCCAUAGCAAUGGUGACGGCCUGCUGGAGAAGGCAAAGGCGGCUGUCAAUGGCAUCAAGGCGCAAGCGUGA